AUGGUGCCUACGAAGAUUAAAAUGAGAAAAGUGGGCAACGACAGAGUUCAAAGACUGAGUUUCAAGAAAAGAAAGGACUGUGUCCUGAGGAAGACAAUGGAACUUGCAGUAUUGUGCGACAUCAAAGCGUGCGCAGUUGUUUUCGGGCCAGACGGGGAGGUCGAGACUUGGCCAGAGAAUCCCAGAGACUUGAAAGCUCUCAUCCACAACUAUAAAGAAUAUAAUCAUGAUCAUACUGGGAAAAAACAAUCUUCCAGAAAGGUGGUUUUUCCGAACAGAGACGACGACCACCAGCUUGACAGGCUUUCGAAACAGUCCCUGAGGGAUUUAUUGAAGGUGAUAGAGUGCAAAUUGGAGACCGUGAGAGAUAGAGUUGAGUUUUUGCAGGUGGUCAAUGGAAAAGAAGAAAUCACAACAAGUGAGUACUAUUAUUUUGAUCCAUUAAUGGAGUUGGACAUUCAGGCAAAGGCAGUAUCUACGACUCGAGUUGAUGCCGGAAUCAAUGAUAAUGGUGGUACCGGUGGUGGUGUCUCGCUGGUGCCGGGUUUGAUGAUGGAGGAAAUCAAAGUGAAAUUCAUCCUGUUCGAUUCUCAUGAGCAAGAAGAUAGGAUCUAG